AAUUCUAGGCGAGUCACGUGCCUUUCUCGUGCAAGCAUUCGAAGGGAAGAAGGGGAGACGAGAAAUGGAGGCUGCAGAGGUGGAGGAAGCACUGAGGGUGUUGGAUUCUUCUCUAUCCCACAUCAAAUGGCGCCUCAAAUCUCCAUCCAAGCAUCGACUCCAAUUAGAUGUUCUGGCAUUGUGCACGGAGAUGAGGCCAGUAAUAAUGGUUGACUAUGGUGGAAAGAUGCCUGAACUGCAGGAGCAACUGUGUGCACUUCUUAAACUUUGCCAACAGGAGUCGGCUAUUUUUGAGCAUCUGAGAGUGAUGGUUAUUGAAGAUAUGAUAUAUUUGAUACAUGUAAGGGGACUUGCAGAGUAUGUCAAGUCAAGUUUGAAUUCUGAAGUAGAAUUGUUCUUUGUAAACCUAGAACAAGAUCCUCCAAAGAUGGUGACGCAAGCAGAAGAAAGCUCAUUAGUAACAGAACUUAUAAGAGUGCAGAACUUAUUCUCUUUGUUUUUUCCUCUCAAUGAAAUGGACAAUGAUCUCUUGUCUUGUCACAUGAAGGAUACUGCAGCUAAUGCCGAAUCAUCUACCAACAAACCCAUAAUUUCUCAGUCCCCUGAGUUUAUUGAUCUCAGUAGUUGCAUGCAGGACACUCAGGUCACUGUGCCAACUUUAAAUGGCUGGCUUCUUGGUUAUCCGGUUGUGUACUUGUUCAGCAAGGAACACAUUGCAGAUGCCAUUUAUAAUCUUUCCACCAAGUAUCUUCGCAUCUUCAGAAUUUUAGUCAGCAGGAGCAUUUCACCCAAUAAAGGAUCGCAGCCAGAAGAACUGAUGAGUUUCUCAGUGCCUUAUGAACUUAGCAUGGGAGGAAGCAAGGAACAGUGGGCAGAGGCAUUUCUGGCCCAAAUGCAAUCAAGAUGGGAAAAAUGCAAAAAUAUUUGGAGGCCAUUGCAGAUGGAGGUGAGUGAAUGCUAUCCACAAGCAAUUGUGUUGUAGUGAUAAGUGCUAAACCUGCUGUUUGCCAUCAAACCAGUACCUUUACCUGUCCACCAAGAAAUAGUGUUGUUUCUUCUCACGGCAAUUAUCAUUUUGGGGAUAAACUUCCUAUGAUGUGAUUUAAUUACUUAGCAAAAUAAGAAUGCUUUAUCA